CCACAGCACAGAGCCCGGACUUUUUGUGAGAAGCUGGUCCCAUUCCAAGCCGGGGCCAUAAAUAGGGGCGUCCGGGGCUUUCUCUCUCCACUCGAGUUCCUGCCUCUGCCCCUGCCCGGAGCACCCAGGGACCAGAGCGGAGGGACCGAGCGGCUGGAGCAUGAUGGCCAUCUGGCUAAGCGUGGGGCUGAGCCUCCUCUGUGUCCUGCAGACCCGGGCCCAGAACGAGGCCCUCCCCGCUAUUCCGGUGCAGCCCGAUUUCCGACAGGACGAGUUUACAGGAAAGUGGUAUAGCAUUGGCAUGGCCUCCAACUCCCAGUGGUUUAAGGACAAGAAGCACCUCAUGACCACAUGCGUCACCAUCGUGACCCCUGUAGGAGACGGCAAUCUGAACCAGACCUCCACCUUUCCUAGGAAUGACCGAUGUGAGAAGAGGACCAUGAUGUUGGAGAGGACCUCGCAGCCUGGGCGUUUCUACUACAAAAGCCUCCGAUGGGGCAGUGACCACGACGUCCGGGUGGUGGAAACCAACUACAAUGAGUACGCGGUGAUGUUCACAACGAAGUCCAAAGGUUCUGGAAAUUUCAACAUGGCCGUUCUCUACGGUCGGAGCCAAGACUUAAGGCCUGAGCUGAAGAAGAAUUUCAUCGAGUUUGCAAAGUCUCAAGGUUUCACAGAUGAUUCUAUUAUCAUCCUGCCAAAGUCUGACAAGUGCAUGGAGGAGGCUGAAUGAGUCCGGCUGUGAGACGAUGCCUUUGAGCUCUGCCCCUGAAGACUCUCGCUGUGCCCAGAUCCACCUUCAACGGAACAAGCUUCUCGGGUGCCCUGCUGGGAUCUCGGAUCCCCCCCUUCCAGCCCUCACCCCACCUCCGCCCCCUUGGCUUGCUGCUUCACCCUAACCAGUCGCUCCCAAAAUAAAGAGAUGACGCUACAACCCCUGAUUUCAA